AUGGAAUUGGAAAAUAUGGCAUAAACAUCUUUUAUUUUAAAAUAGUUGAAAUAGAAUUACAAACCGGUUUUAUAAGGCUAAAAAUUAGAAUUGGAUAUUAAAUAAAGCAAUCGUUUUUCUUUGCCUUCUAGCAACCAAAAUGUCAAUGCAUAAAAUUCCUCCAUCUAUUGUAUUAGAUUUCUGAGUAUGUCAAAGAGAUUUAAAAUUGAGCAUCUAAAGGUUAAACAUUUUGUAGAAGCCAUUCACAAUAUAUAAAACCUAACUGGAAAAGUUAAGGUUAUGGGAACUAUCUUUAAAGCUAUGAAAUUGAAACCUUAUUAUUUUUAGUAAUAUACUGAAAUAAAAAUAGCGGGUAUUUAACAAAGUGUAAUAUUUAGAAUCUGUAUAAAAUGAAGAAAUAUGUUAUUUAGAGGAUAGAUCAGGCAGAAUUAAAUUAGAAUUUACAAAUUGUAAGCUUCUUCUACCAAAUAAUACUUCAAAAACAAUAAAAGUUGAAGACUUAAUAACAGGGAUAGUGGUUCUGAUAGAAGGAGAAAUUGUUGGAAACAAUGUAGUAAAUGUAUAAAGCAUCAAUUUACCUGACUUUAUUGAUCCUCCUAUUUAUAAGCCUUUAAAUUAGACGACAUAUGUUUGUUUGAUCUCUGGACUAAAUUAUGACGUGGAAAAUAACACAACGAAAUUGAGACACUUAAUCCAAUAUUUAUAAGGGAAUUUGUAUUGUGGUUAUGGAAAUGAAGUAAGUAAAAUUGAUAUUUCAGGUCUCAUAAAGACUGUCAUAGAUAAUCAUAGCAGGUAAUAUAUAUGGAAGAUAGAGAGAUGCAAAAAGAUGCUUGACAGGAUCAAUAAAAUAGCCAUAAGAUUUCAAACAACUUUAUGGUUAAUUGCAAGAGAAUAUUAAGGGAGUAGAUGAAUUGGUUAAUGAAUUAGCUGGCAUCAUUCCAGUUGCUAUAAUGCCUGGUUAAAAUGAACCAGUAUCAUAAAUACUUCCUCAAACAUCUCUACAAAAAGCCCAUUUUGGAGAGAGUUUUGAAAACAAUACUAAAGUUUCGUUUUUAACUAAUCCAGCAGAAUUCAGUUUGGGGAACAUUCAUUUUAUAGGCACAAGUGGAUAAAAUAUUUAAGACAUUAAAAAAUAAUAGACUAUAAAAGAUUAACCAGACAUAGAUUUAAUUGAGAUGAAUUUGUUCUAUGGCCACUUAGCUCCUACAUUGUAGGAUACUCUAAUGUAAUAAUAGUAGAAUAUUUAGACAAUAACAAUAAUUUACAAAUGAUCCUUUCAUUAUUGAACAAUUACCAAACAUCUACUUUGUUGGAAAUAUGAAAAGUUUUGGAACAAAGAGAUUGUCAAAUAAUCUCAGAAUCAUUAGUAUCCCUUCAUUUUCAGAAAGUGGAACAAUAUGUUUACUCAAUUUAAGUACAUUUGAAUGCUUUUCUUUUGAAAUCUAAUGA